GAAGUUGAUGGAAAUCAUUGGAUUCUACCCGGCCCUCUCCUCAGAUUCUCUUCUGCUUCUGUGUGCAGGGAGCGGGAGAGGUUGUUGGGUGCCCACUCAGAGCGAAACUAAAUUUACCGAGGGAAUUUCUGUCAGCAACGUGUGGGGUUGCGGUUAGACCGUCAAGGAAAUUCCUUGGAUUUAAUCAGAAGGCUCUGAGGACGUGGUGGGGAGAAUUUGGGCCCUUGUCCGGCUACGGCCACUUUUUCCUUCCUGAUGCUCGUAUCCCCUCACACAGGGACCCUGCAGGCGGUGGGAUGUCCUGGUCCGGUCUUCUCCGUGGCCUCAACACGUCCCUAAAUUAUGGCCUAGCCCUGGUCCCGCGGCUCGGGGCCGCCCGCCCCAUGGCCACCCUGAACCAGAUGCACCGCCGGGGGCUUCCGAAGCGGCCGCCUGCCCCUCCGGGCCCCACGGAGGGCCGGCCGCAGCUGAAGGGCGUGGUUCUGCGCACGUUCAUCCGGAAGCCCAAGAAACCCAACUCGGCCAAUCGCAAAUGCUGCCGCGUGCGGCUCAGCACCGGCCGAGAGGCCGUGUGCUUCAUCCCCGGAGAGGGCCACAGCCUGCAGGAGCACCACGUCGUGCUCGUGAAGGGCGGCCGCACCCAGGACCUGCCCGGCGUGAAGCUCACCAUCGUGCGCGGCAAGUACGACUGUGGCCACGUGCAGAAGAAGAAGUGACCGCCGGGGCCGCCGGCGGCCGGGGCUUCCCCCAGAACGAGACCCUUCCUCUCCGGGUGCCUGUGGAGUCCUUGGGAAGCUAUCCCAGCCCUGGAAGAGCCUGGUCCUUGAUUCAAAUCCUGGCCUCGCCUCUUCCACCUGGAACACUGCUUGCCUGUGGGGGUUCCGGGUGUGAAUUGGGAAGAGGCACCCCCUGGCCACACCCUUGCCUUCCCUGUAGAGCGGUGGCUCCGGCGGGGGGGGGGGCCUCUUCUGUUGGGAUAAGGCCCUGGCUCUGUACUGCCAUCUGCUGGGGAGGAAUGGCAAUAAAAAACGCCCCUUCCCCCAUG